CUUUCUUGUUUCGGUGGUAACAACAAAACAGGACCAGUAAAACAUGUUGAAAAAAAUUAUCUUAUUCUAAACUCAUUAUAUAUUGAAUCGAAGGAGAUAUUUUUUCAUUAUUUACUAAUUCGUGUGUUUGUUCGUGUGUUUGCGAACAAAGUAUUUUGUAUGUUUGUGGUUUUGCUGAAACCUUUGUUUUGUUGUUGCUGUUGUGUUCGCUCGCUUCGCAGUGGCGGCAACCAGCCACGCCGCACCGCAUUUGAUUUGGGAAAGGCUGUAAAUGGAUGUAAAGUGCUUAUCAUGGCAGUGCUAAAGAAGCUUGCUAUUGGAGGUGUCAGAAGUUUUGGUGCUGAUGACGCCGAUCAUCAGUUUAUCGACUUUGACAAGCCGUUUACCUUGAUUCUGGGUCGUAAUGGUUGUGGUAAAACCACAAUUAUAGAAGCUCUGAAGUAUGCAUGUACUGGGACUUUUCCUGCGGGUCAAGGUAGCAGUUUCGUCAGAGAUCCAAAACUAGACAGGCGUAUUGAGACUAGGGCUCAGAUCAAAUUGCAGUUUAUAUCUUGUCAGGGUAAUGAGACUGUGGUUGCCAGAUUACUUCAAUCUACGCAGAAAGUGAAAAACAUUUCAACCACAGCAAUGGAUUCAACUAUUUCAAUUACCAUGAAAAAUGGGAAGAAAAAUCAACUCAGUGGUCGCUGUGCAGAUAUUGAUGAGCUUAUGGGUCAGCACUUGGGUGUGUCCAAACCAAUUCUGAACUAUGUCAUUUUUUGUCAUCAAGAGGAAUCCUUCUGGCCGUUAGAUGAAGGUAAGAAAGUUAAAGAAAGGUUUGAUGAAAUAUUUGACUCAUCCAGUUACAAUAAGUGUUUAGAGCAAAUACGAAAAAUAAGGAACGAUUCACUUCCUAAUAUUCGUAUUGAGAAGGAAAAACUAAAAAAUCUGAAGCAAAAUGUAGGGAUUCGUAGACAGAAAGUUGGUGAGCUAGAAUUCCUGAUCAAGGAAAGAGAUAAAUUGGAACAGGAAAUUAUUGAUUCAGGAGAUCAAAGUGCAGAGAUGACGCGAGAACUUAACUCCUGGUCUAAGCGUUAUGAUGCUUACAGGGUUGUUCAGAAAGAAAAAGAUUCACUUAAAACUGAAUUGCAUGGUUUAAAAAGUAAGAGGGACAGCCAUAAAGAAUUUAUAAGUGUCCCUUUUAGUGGAACUAAAGAGGAGCUUGAACAAGUAAUCAAAAAUUUUGAUGAUGAACUCGAUUCCAAAAGAAGAAGGCUUGACGACAUUGGGCGAGACAAAGGACGUGUGGAUCGAACUGAACAGAUUACUCUCAAAGAAAAGUCGAUUGUUGAAAACAAAAUAGGUAAACUUGAAGCAGAUAAAGAUCGUGAACAGGACACUCAAAAAGAAAGAAAUUCUAAGCUCUCAAGUCUGGCAUCAGCACUUGGACUGCCAGCAUUGAAGACCAAAGCAAGUGAGAAUGAUGUUAAUGACUUCACAAACAGUUUAAAAAAAGAAAUAAACACCCUGGCAAGUUCUAUUUCCUCAUUGAAAGUUGCUAAUGAAAGAGAGCAAAAUGCACUUCAAGUAGAAAUUCAAAAACAUCGUGAUGCAGGAACCAAGCUUGAGGCUGAAAUAAAUAUGAAGACUGCUUCUAUCAAACAAAAUUAUAAAGAAAUAGAAGAAAAGGAGCAGUUGCUGAAGUCUGUUAACACUAAACUGGCUAAAAAGCAAGAGAUUGAUAAAGAUUUGGAAAAAUGGCAUGAGAGGCACAAUAAUGCACUAUUAGAGGAAGAUUCUGAAUCAUUGUCUAGUGCUAUUGCAAAGCUCAAGAGUGAUACUGAAAACUUAGAGAGCCAACAAAAUAAAUUGUCUACAGAAGUUCGUGAGAUUGCCAAACACCAAGAAUUCAGAAAAGCAUUAGAAACUGAUGAAAAGAAGUUUACUGACCAACAGAAUAUAAUACGCAAACUCAGAUCAAAGAAUGAAGAUUUCAUUUCAUGCCACCUCAGUGACUCUGAUGACAGUACUUUGAAGCAUAAAUUUGAUUUGCUUGUUCAAAAAUUUAAAAAACAAUAUGAUAAAUUGAUAAAUGAAUGCCAUGAAAAAAAGAAAGAAGAGUCAUCAUUGCAGAAAGAUCUUGAGAUUAGUCGCAAUACACUUAAAAAGAAGAAAGAGGAAUUGGACCAACACAAGGAUAAGAUCUAUGAAGAAUGUGGUAGAACUGAUCUGGAAACUGUUCUGAAAAAAACUAAAGAAGGCAUUGAAACUUUGCAGAAUGACAAAGGACUCUACACUGCUUCUGCAGUGGUUACUAGAGGUUACAUUCAGGAUUUAAAGAAGAGAGACCCAUGCUGUCCUUUAUGUGAUCGGUCCUUUGACAAUGAGGAAGAGCCUUUCAGUCUUGUUCAAACUCUAGAGUUGAGGUUGGAUGGUAUGCCAGAAAAAAUUGGUGAAGUAACUGAGAAAUUAGUAGAACUUCAAAGCAAACAGGAAAGACUGUUGGAGCUGAAGCCCCUCCAAAACACCAUCAGUGAACUCCAAGAAACAGUGAUUCCUAAUCUAGAGACAGCAAUCACAGAUUGUGAAGAUAAGUUGGGAGAAAUGAAUGGCUUAAUAGCCUCUCUUGAGUUAUCGAAAAGUGAGGCUGCAGAGAACAUGAGUAGGGCUGAAAAACUUGGUGUUGAUAUUUAUGACAUAGAUCGUAGCCAGAAAGAAUGUAAGCAGCUCUCCCGGGUGAUUGAAAAACUUAAAAAAGAUCAUCAUUUCAGUGCUACGUCUCGGAACUUGGAUGAAGCACUUGCUGAACAAGAGGUAGUUCGAGUUGACCUUCUUGUUAAACGUAAAGACAAAAAUGACAAGGAAGCAAGACUGAGGAGUUACGAAAAAAAAAUCAAUGAUAUCAACCAGACAAUCAAUUCCUUAACCGCUGAGCAGUUGAAAAUAAAAGAAUUCAUCCAACAAGAAGAUGCUCUUAAAGAACGUGUUGAGGAUUUAAAAACUUUGAAUAGUGCAUUAGAAAACGAGAAGGAGGAAUUGAAUGUAAAAUUGAAACCUGCGCAAGAGGAGCAAUGCUGUGCAGAAAAAAAACUGGCUACAGUUAAACAACUUCAGAAAAAGAGUCUAGAAGACAUGGAGAAAAAGAAAGGAGAUGUAGACCGAGAAAUGGGAGUUAUCACUGAGCUGCAAAAAACAUUACUCAAUUUUAAAAAUCAGAAAAUAUCAGAAAUGCUUAUUGAAUAUAAGGAGAAGAAUGAGAGUUUUGCUUCCAAAUUAGAUUCAAUCAAAGAGGAGAGAGAAGCACUUAAUCUUGAAAGUAAAAAGUUAUCCAGUCUUAUUGGUAACCAUACUCGAGAGAGGAAGGAAAUGGAUGAAAAUUUAAAGUUAAUUGAAGUUGAGAAAAUGAUUGCGCAGCAGGAGGUACGACUGAAGGAGAAGACUGAGGAGCUGGGAUCCUGGGAUAUUAAAACUAUUGAAGAUAAGUGUGUGGAGUUUCAAGGAAAACGUCAAGAUCUUGUUUCAAAGGUUAAAAAAUUAGAGGGUACCCUAAUAGGGAAAAAUGAAAAUAUUGAUUCUCGUAAAAAAGAGUUAAAUCUUGACACUUUCAAAACAGUUGAACAAAAAUAUAAAGAGAAAUUUAUACAAGUAGCGGUCAUGGAAAAUGUUGAAAAAGAUCUCCAGAAAUACUACUCUGCACUUGACCAUGCCCUUCAAAAAUUUCACAAGGACCGUAUGGACAAAGUUAAUAAGAGCAUUAGGGAGUAUUGGCGACUGAUAUAUAAAGGAAAUGACAUUGAUUAUAUUGAAAUCAAGACUGAUGAAUCAACCCCUUCAGCUGCAACAAAUUCCACAGAUAAAAGAAAGGCCUACAAUUACCGUGUUGUUCAAGUUAAAAGUGGGACUGAAAUUGAUAUGAAAGGUCGAUGCAGUGCAGGUCAAAAGGUGCUUGCUUGCCUUAUUAUCAGGAUGGCUCUCUCUGAAACUUUCAGCAUGAACUGUGGUAUUCUCACUCUUGAUGAACCAACCACAAAUUUGGACAGACAGAAUAUUCAAAGUCUGUGCCAAGCUAUUACUGAAAUUGUGAAUGAUCACGAAGGUAGUAAAAACUUCCAACUGAUUGUCAUCACUCAUGACCAUGAGUUCUUAAAUGCCAUGGCCACUGUAGACUCCUUCCCGCAUUACUGGGAAGUAUCUCGAAACAAUCAGUGCAAGUCUCAAAUAAGGUUGAAGCAUGUCACAAGAGUAUAGUAGAUUUUAUGUAUUUUUAACCUCUCUUAAUGUAUUGAAUCUUUAAAUCAAAAAUGUCAGUAUUCCGUCAAAGUUAAUUAUAUGUGUUUUUAAUAUCUUCAA